GCCAGCGCCAGCCGGCCGCGCCACCAACCCCCGGGUCCCAACCGCCGACCGGCCACGCCGCAAAAAGAACCCCCCGACCCGUCCCGCCCGCCACUCCGGCACUCCCACUCCCACUCCCACCUGCCCCGCGCCGCGCGACCAGCCGUCAAGCCACGCCGCCGCUCGCCCCAGCGAUGCCGCCACCCUCCCUCCUGCUCUUCCACUGCCGCGCCCCGCUCCCGCACCGCCCGCUGCGGAUGAGCUCUCCGUCGCCGAGCAGGAGGGUCGUCUGCUCCGCCUCCACCGCCGAGGGGUACAUCUCCGCGGCGCCGAUCCUCCUUCCAGACGGGCCAUGGAAGCAGGUAGAAGGCGGCGUCACGGCGGCGAAGGGGUUUAAGGCCGCGGGCAUCUACGGCGGCCUGCGCGCCAAGGGACAGAAGCCUGACUUGGCGCUUGUUGCUUGCGACGUCGACGCCACCGUCGCCGGAUCUUUUACAACAAAUGUUGUUGCUGCUGCGCCUGUUCUGUAUUGCAAGCGUGUCCUUAGUUCAUCCAAAACAGCUCGUGCUGUGUUGAUUAAUGCUGGUCAAGCAAAUGCAGCCACUGGUGAUGCAGGAUAUCAGGACGCAGUGGAUAGUGCAGAAGCUGUUGCCAAGCUUUUGAAUGUGAGCACAGAUGACAUACUGAUCCAGUCCACUGGUGUCAUUGGUCAAAGAAUAAAAAAGGAAGCACUUAUAAAUUCACUUCCUAGACUUGUGGGCUCUCUGUCUUCAUCUACUGAAGGUUCAAAUUCUUCAGCUGUGGCCAUCACAACUACAGACCUUGUUAGCAAGAGUAUUGCUGUCCAGACUGAGAUUGGAGGAGUGCCUAUCAAGAUAGGAGGAAUGGCCAAAGGUUCCGGGAUGAUUCAUCCAAAUAUGGCGACAAUGCUUGGUGUUCUCACAACCGAUGCUCAAGUAAGAAGUGAUGUUUGGAGAGAAAUGGUCCGGACAUCAGUGAGUAGAAGUUUCAACCAAAUUACUGUGGAUGGUGAUACAAGUACGAAUGACUGUGUUAUUGCUAUGGCUAGUGGAUUAUCUGGUUUGUCGGACAUCCUCACUCAUGAUAGCGUUGAAGCUCAACAGCUCCAAGCAUGCCUAGAUGCAGUAAUGCAAGGCCUCGCAAAAUCCAUAGCAUGGGAUGGUGAGGGUGCAACCUGCUUAAUUGAGGUUACUGUAACUGGUGCAAAUAAUGAGGCAGACGCAGCGAAGAUUGCUCGUUCAGUGGCAGCGUCCUCCUUGGUUAAAGCUGCUGUAUUUGGCCGAGACCCGAACUGGGGGCGCAUUGCUUGCUCUGUCGGAUAUUCAGGGAUUCAUUUUGAUGCAGAUCAACUUGAUAUUUCCCUUGGAGUUAUUCCACUAAUGAAAAAUGGCCAACCACUCCCUUUUGACAGAUCUGCUGCUAGCAAGUAUCUCAAAGAUGCUGGUGACAUCCAUGGUACAGUGAACAUUGAUGUAUCAGUUGGGAAUGGAGGAGGCACUGGAAAGGCGUGGGGCUGUGACCUAAGUUAUAAGUAUGUCGAAAUAAAUGCUGAAUACACAACGUGAAAUUCGUAUUCUCCAUGAAAACUGCAUUUCUGAAUACACAUCCGUUGUCUUCAUUUGUCUGAGUGCUCUUUCGAUGCAACUGCAUUUCUGAAAACUAUAUCAUACCGAAACGAUAGUGUGUUGUACCAAUAGGUCGAACAUGUAUUAUCUUUUACAAGAACAGUCAGGUUAGUGUUUUGUGACUGGAAUAAUGCGCUGAAGAAUUUGGUGGUACCAUGUGAAAAUUGUCUACCAUCCUUCUCGGUUCUGAUUGAUAAAGGAGGAUGUUGGCCUGACAAAAUAAAGUUUAUUUGGAUUUUUGUA